AUGGCAGAGCAGUGCAAGAUCUCUGCUGCCAUUGUAGUUGAGGAGAAGUCGUGUGUGCUCAAGGUGGAUGGAUACUCAAGAACCAAAGCCCUAAUCAAGAACGGCGAGUGGAUGACUUCUCCACCUUUCAGUGUUGGAGGCCACGACUGGGCCGUGGAAUACUGCCCAAAUGGUUUCGCUACGAAUUGUGCUGAUUCCAUAUCUCUUUAUCUUCUUCUUCAAUCUGCUGGUGCCGAAGAUGUGAAGGCGAAAUUCACGCUCAGUGUACUUGACAAGAAUGGAGAACCAGUGCCUUCAUACAGCCAUGCCAGCCCUAUGCGUACCUUCUCAAAAGGUUCACCCUGGAGCUACCCAGUCCUGAUCAAGAAGGCUGAUCUGGAGGCAUCGGUGCAUCUAAGAGACGACUGUCUCACCAUCAAGUGUGAUGUCACCGUCAUCCAUGACAAAGAGACAAGGGUUCCUCCAAGCGACCUGCACUGGCAUCUCGGCGAUCUGCUCAAGAACAAGGAUGCAGCGGACCUCAUCUUUCAAGUCAACGGACAGACAUUCUCUGCUCACAGAGCGGAGCUCCUCGGUGCCAUGAAGGAGAGUUCUACAGCUACUCCUAUUGAAAUCUGUGACAUGGAACCAGAUGUAUUCAAUUCCUUGCUCCACUACAUAUACACCGAUUCAGUCCCUCCGAUGCUUGAUGUGGUGAUGGCUGGCCAUCUUCUAGUGGCGGCCGACAGGUACAAUAUUGUCAGGCUAAAGCAGAUAUGCGAGGAGAAACUGUGCAAUCACAUUGAUUCCAACAUGGUGGCAACUAAUUUGGCUCUAGCAGAGCAGCAUGGUUUCUGUCAUCUCAAAGAAGCUUGUUUGCAAUUCCUUGCCUCCCCAUCCAAUUUGGAGGCAAUGAUUGCAAGUGAGGGUUACGAGCAUCUUAAGUCCAGCUGCCCGUCUGUUCUCAAGGAGCCCAUAGCAAGAAUCCUGCCGGCUGAACUGAAAGCGGCAAAGGAUAUCAUCAUGGCAAUGUGGAGGUAA